AUGGAAAGACGGCCGACGAACGCAAGGUGGACGAUAUUCCCUCAAGAACUUAAUUUGCAAAACGGAAAAACAUAUUUUCUUAGAAAUAUUGCAAAUGGUGUCGGAGGCCAUCCUAAAUGGAAGGAUGUGGAUAUGGUUCUAUUCCCCAUAAACGUUCCUCAUGCCCAUUGGUUUUUGGCAGUGCUACAUUUAGAUAUUUGGAAAGUACACAUUUAUGAUUCAACACGAUGUAUGAAUUACUUCACAACGUACUUGAUUGGUGGAGAAUUCAAAAGUUUUGGGGAUAGUAUAAUCGAAGAGCUAGAUGUGAUUGACUACUGGAAGGAUUUCCCCGAUGGACACAAAGACAACGCAGUUGUGGAGUUUAUUGAUAUUGUAGACGCGCCACAACAAGAAUAUAUUACUAAUAGAGGGGAUUGUGGAGUAUUCGUAAGCAUGUAUAUGGAAAUGAUUGCUUCGGGGGUACCGGUGAAGAGUGAUAAGCCAUGUAGAGAUGCGGGAUUUCUCUACAGAAAUAGGAUGAAAAAUAUUAUUUGGGAUACUAAAAAACUUGAUGUUUGGAAGUUUGUAUACAUUAUUAUGAAAUACAGUCGUAGAGCAGUUGUUCUGGAAGACUUGUAA